AUGGCUCUCGUCAAGUUCACAGUUGGCCUACUUCUUUUCACAAUUUCUACUGAAUCUCGCAAAAUAACCAUCCUCAAUAAGUGCCAAUUCACCAUUUGGCCAGGAAUUCUCGGACGACCCGGAAACCCAGCUGGAGGAGGUUUCAGACUGAAUGCAUCUGAGUCUCGAGAUAUUGAAGUAGACGAUGCAUGGAGUGCCGGACGUAUUUGGGCCAGAACUGGAUGUGAUGAAAACUUCAACUGCGAGACUGGAUUCUGCAGAAACUCUGAACAAUGCAACGGAGCCGGAGGAGUUCCACCAGCAUCUCUAGCUGAAUUCACGUUGAAACCCUGGGGAGGACAAGAUUUCUAUGAUGUCUCAUUGAUCGAUGGAUACAAUCUGCCCGUUCAGAUCGACCCACAUGGCGGAUCUGGUUGCAAACGGGCUGGUGGAUGUGUGAAGGAUAUUAAUGUUGAGUGCCCAGUUGCUCUUGCAGUCAGAGGACACAAUGGAAAUGUUGUCGCCUGUAAAUCUGGAUGUCUUGGAUACAACACCGACCAAGAAUGCUGCCGUGGAGCCUACGGUACUCCUGAUAAAUGCCAUCGUUCGGCUACUGCUCAGAUGUUCAAAGAUGCGUGUCCAACUGCUUAUACCUAUCUUUAUGAUGAUGAAUCUUCCUCUUUUAAAUGUCAAGCAACCGCUUCUUACACUGUUCAGUUCUGUUAA